AUGAGUACUUACCUUGUCACCGGCGCCUCUCGUGGCAUUGGACUCGAAUUGGUUCGUCAGUUGGCCGCCAAAACAAGCGAAACUGUUCAGACUAUCUCCGCUGCUGCCAGGACUUCUGGAGGCCCUCUUUUUCAGGAGCUCUUGCAACAGCACCCGGAUCGGGUAAUCUUCGUGCCUCUGGAUGUCACAGAGAAAGAGAGUGUCAAGAACGCCGUGACACAUGUUGCGACUGCCCUCAAUGGAAAAGGCCUGGAUGUGCUAAUCAACAACGCGGGUGUAAUGACGCCUGGCACUGUUGAGAAUAUGGACGAUUUAGAAGAUACACUCCGCGUCAAUGUGGGAGGGGUUCAUCUUGUCACAAGAGAAUUCCUCCCCCUUCUAAGAAACGGAAAUAAGAAAAGAAUCGUCAAUAUCUUCCUAUUCAGCUCGACAAGUGUAGGCUCUAUCCAGUUGCAGCCAACAUAUAGAGCGAUGCCUACACCCUCCUACAAAAUCUCGAAAGCUGCAUUGAACAUGCUCACCGUACUCUACUCCCAAGAGUUGGAGGCUGAGGGUUUCACCGUAUUCUGUGUGAGCCCUGGUUGGCUGAAGACCGAUAUGGGAAGCGAUGAUGCGGAUCUUCCAGUCGACACUGGCGUUUCCGCUGUUCUGGAUGCUGUUCUCACCACCGGCAAAGAAAAGAAUGGACGAUUUCUCAAUAUCCUCGUACCGGGAUGGGAAAAUAACCCAGGUAUGAACCAGUACGAUGGGAAGGAGUUGCCGUGGUAA